GGAAGAGACUGUGUGGCUGUGACCUUGCAUGAAUCGUUACUGUACAGUAUCUGCUUCUCAUGGAUCAUGACAAACUUUUUGGAGCGGCUCACUCUGCGGAGGGGAGACGGGUGAAUUAUUUUAUGUGAUUAUAGUAGCAGUGCAGAGGAAAAAUUCAAAACACAUAGGAUUUGAGUAGUCUACUUGGAAAAUUUGGUUGAUUUUCGACUGAAGAUUGUCGCCCCACUCUCCAUCACUUUAGGAAGUCCGGACGAAACUGCUGCAAACCGCUAACAUACACAAGACAGAAGAGCAGUAAUGUGCACGGUUGACUGUUUUUUGCGUUGAUGUAUUAACAACAAAAAACGGCGGCGUCAAUUGUCGUCGGGAACUUUGGAGGGAAUGGUUGUCCACAACGCCGGGAAAGAGCAAAGAGAGACAGUCAAUUCUGUCCAUUCCCAUCUGGAGACAUGCACUGGACAGCGGUUGGUUGCAAAGUCCUGCUGCUGCUGAUUGCUCUACUGCGGGAUGUAACCAGAGCUUCGGAACCGAAAGCCACAGUAUGGCCGCUGUACUCCCAUAAACCUCUGCUUCUGGCAUGGAACGCCCCGACGGAGGACUGCUUCCCGCGUCACCGCGUCUCGCUCCAGCUGGACCAGUUCCAGAUCGUUGCCUCCCCCAAUGAGGGCUUCGUGAAGCAGAACCUCACCAUAUUUUACAAUGACCGACUUGGCCUGUACCCCCACUUUGAGCCAGAUGGAACGCCCAUCAAUGGGGGUCUGCCACAAGUCGCUAGUCUGGCGCAGCAUCUCGCCAAGAUGCCGGAGGGUUUGGAGAAAUACAUCCGCGAGCCCAGUGCCAAAGGUCUGGCGGUUAUUGACUGGGAAGAAUGGCGCCCUCUUUGGAUCCGCAACUGGGAGGCUAAGGACAUUUACCGCAGGCAUUCCCGUGAGCUGGUGCGCCAGAAGAACCCCACCUGGCCACCGGAGCGGGUGUCCAAAGUGGCCCUGCAGGAGUUUGAGCUGUCCGCCAAGAGGUUCAUGCUGGAGACGCUGAAGCUGGCCAAGCACCUGCGACCCAACCAGCUAUGGGGCUUUUACCUGUUCCCAGACUGCUACAACCAUGACUACAGGCGAACUCUGGAGAGCUACACAGGCCGGUGCCCAGACGUGGAGGUGGCUCGCAAUGAGCUGCUCAAUUGGCUGUGGACAGAGAGCACCGCGCUCUUCCCAUCCAUCUACAUGGGCACGGUGUUGCGCUCCUCAGCCUCUGGACGCCAGUUUGUGAGAAAUCGCGUUAAGGAGGGCCUGCGUCUGGCUUCGGCGGGCGACGGUCUGGCACGACCCGUCUUUGUGUACACUCGACCAACGUACAUGAACUCUCUGGAGAAGUUGACGGAGAAGCUUCAUUUGGCCAUAACUGCUCCCUUGGGGGAAACAGUCAACCUCUGCUGCCACCCGCUGUCAAUACUGUUGUUGUCCAGCAUGCCUCUUAGCAUGCUUUGCAGAGCUACAAAUAGGGACCUGGUGUCCACCAUCGGGGAAAGUGUGGCUUUGGGAGCAGCGGGCAUCAUCCUGUGGGGAGACGUCGCCUACGCCAGCAACAAAACCACCUGCUCGGAGCUGGAUGCUUAUCUCCGGGGUCCACUUGGCAAAUAUCUCCUCAACGUCUCCACGGCAGCAGAGUUAUGCAGCCAGGCUCUGUGCUCUUCCCAUGGCCGCUGUCUACGCCGGGACCCCGAUGCCGACGUCUACCUGCACCUGAAUCCCCUUACGCACAGCUUGCGGGUCGGACCCGGUGGAAAAAUGGAGAUGGUCGGCGAGCCGGGCCAGACGGACUUUGAUGCCGAGUUUCAAUGCCAGUGCUACAGCGGCUACGAGGGGGAGCGCUGUCAGAAAAUGGACCCUCUGUACCAGAAAGGAGCAGCUUAUCGGAUCUCAGCGUCAACGCUUCUGGGUGUUUUUUUAUUUCUUUUAUAUGUUGGGGUGCAACAUAUACUGUAAAAUAGGGUUCUCGAAAUUUUAGGGGAAAAUAUUCCAAAUUGGAAAUGUUACCAUUUGAUUUAAAUCAUAUUGAAUCUUAAAUACAGUUGAUUUAAAAAAAGUCUAUACACCCCUGAUCAAAUGCCAGGUCUUCUGUACAACUCAAUUGAUUUUUUUUUUAAAGCGGGGGGAUUAAAAAUGAAUGCAUGAGAAGUGGUUGCACAAGUGUGCACACCCUUUAUUUUAUUUUAUUGUAAAUCAUAUUAUGGACCCCAAGGUUUGCGAACUACUGCUGUAGACCUACACACCCACACACCUGUGUAGUGCCUUUCAAAUGCUGUAAAACACCCAAUGACACAAAGUGAAUUUUUUUGUGGAGAAACACUGUUGUAAGUCGCGGAGGAAAAAAAGUUAUUUUUCUAACUUUUUCACCUAGCAAGAGCUUGCAGGAAUGAUGGUGUUUACGUUUUGCUCAGUUUCCUGGACCUUGCUGUUUCUCCCAAAGGUGUCAGAUUCCCCAUUUCUCACGGCGAUGAGGAUGUUUGCCAAAGGAAGUGUGAGCAGUCGGUGCGUGGACGUCAGUAGCUGUGCUGACUCAAGGCUAUCAUGUUUUUUGAUGAAGGCCAUUUCAGUAUUUAUUUGAAUGUACUUGAGCUGUUUUCAUGUGACAUUUUUGUGCCCUGAAUGCCACAACGACUACUAAUUUCUUACUUGAGUGAAUGAAUACCUUGUGAAAAAAAUAUUCAAUACAAGCACAAGUGAUGUAACGAGCAAAUACAAUUAGAAUAAAUAGAU